ACCAUCCCCUUGUGACCCUGUGAGCUCUGAUCUGAUGACUACACAUCCUAGUAUAGCUUCUCGGCUAGAAAAGAUGGAAACUUCUUCAUCUCAACUCAGUCCAGACUGCUGCCAAACGGAGGAUGGUCUUUCGCUUGAUUGUGAUGCUGCUGUGGACCCUGUACUUCGUCGAGAGUUUCUUGAGGAGUUGCAGAAAGUCAGGCAAAUUCCUAUCUGUGAGAGACAAUGCCUUCCAAGGAUCUUUGUGAACAGUGGAACCCUGAAGCUUAUUGGUGAUCUUAACACGAUCAUCAGUUCGUUGAAGGAUGAACCAGAUAUGAGUGAAAUCAGUUACCUGGUAUACUCUGCUGCUUCGCUAGUGUCCAAAAGGCGGGGCUUAAAGACGACGAAGUCAACCAAUUCUCAAACACCGACAUGGAGACGAAGGCUGGAUAUGGAGAUUCUCACACUUCGACGUGCGAUCUCACUGUUGCUGGAGGUUAGAAAGGGUUCAUCGGGCAUUCGUAUGUUACAUGAACUCCGACGUCUUCGGCAUCGGUUGGGCAUUUCCUGUUCGGAGAGUUGUGAGGUCUCCAUCAAUCGAUUGAAAAUGGAACUUAAGUCCAAGGUCGAGCGGACCAGGAGGCUGGAGAAGAAUCGUAAGAGACUUCGCCAGAAUGGUUUGUUUCAACGAGAUGCUGGACGGUUUUACAGAGAUCUGGAUAAGCAGACUAUCCGGGUCACUUCCCCGCCAUCCGAGUCUGAGAUCGAACAGUAUUGGGGUGGUAUCCUAGAAACUGAGGUACAUCACAAUGAGUCUGCCUUCUGGCUGAGACGUCAAACCGAUGACGAGACGCACCGGAAAGAUGAGCAGCAGUGGUUACCUAUCUCAGACAAUGAGGUCACAUCGUGUCUCAAAAGGAUGGGGAACUGGAAGUCUCCUGGUCCAGACAAGGUUUAUGGUUUCUGGGUCAAGUGUAUCACGUGUCUUCACACUGAUCUGACUCGUAACUACAACCUGCUGGUUCAGAAUCCAGACUCUGUACCCGACUGGUUGUCUCAAGGAAUAACUACUCUGAUUCCUAAGAAUGACAAGACUGACCAGGCCAAAAAUUACCGGCCUAUCACGUGUCUGUCUGUCUUCUAUAAGACCCUCACCUCAGUCAUCAGGCAGAGGAUUGCAGGGCAUUUGGAUCAGAGAAACCUCAUGGCUCCGGAGCAGAAGGGUUGUCGACAGGGAUCUUUUGGUGCAAAGGAUCAGCUGUUGAUCAACAAGCUGCUUACCGAAGACUGUAGGACCAGGCACAAGAGCUUGAGCAUGGUUACUGAGAUUUCACAGAGCUCAUUUGAAAGGAAAGACCUGGAAAGAUCUACUCCAACUAACGUGAAAUCACUUGAUAGAAUUGAGACACGGAGUCCUUCAAAUUAUUGUCUUUGCUUGAGUGGUGACCAUACACUGAACAGAAUCUAG